GCAUUUUGCAUGGUGCGUUUUGGCACCAGUCUGCCUGCUCCAGUGUAGAGCCUUUGCGCACUGUUCGUUUUCGCCACUGGAGGCCGCCAUUGCAACUGUAAUACGAGCUGUGUCGGCCGGCUGAGGUCUGGCUGCGGUGUCCCCUAGCUGAGUCUAUGCUGGGAGAGGGAGCCGCUUCCCAUCGCUCUCACAGACCAGGCGCCAAGUGGAUCAGCCCCGUCCGCAGUCUUCCUCUGCACUUCAACCACCCGCAAUGUCCUUGGGUUCCGCCGCCCCGCUCAUUUCCACACCUCUUUGACUAGACCUAUCUCCCACGGAGGUGCCCCGGGAUUUUUACUGUUUGACUACUGUGCACGCCGUCCCGAGUUCUCUGCGCUGCGAGAAGCGAAUGGACAAGGUCCAAGGAUAACAGAGGGUGCAGGGUUUGGCUACUGCAGAAGACCUGCCGGUGCUCCGCCGGCCGGGGGCUGCGCGUCCGUCACAGGUUGUGGCGUCGCAUCCAUUAUUCUGAUCUUCUAAAAAAGCCUUGCAUGGAUACAUCAUGGCCACGUUUAUAUGCAGGGUACAGUUCUUAGAUGAUACGGAUCCAUUUAACAGCACUAAUUUCCCCGAGCCCACCAGACCACCUCUGUACACUUUCAGGAGAGAUAUUCCUCUGAUAAAUCAGAUAGUUGGAGUCCACAGGCUGUUGAAAGCCCCACACAAGCCUGACGACUGUGCCCUUCAGCUGUCCCAUAAUGGAAGCUACCUGGACCUGGAAUCUACCCUGGCAGAGCAGAGAGAUGACCUGGAGGGAUUUCAGGAGGAAGGAGGGAGAGGAAAGAAACACAGCAUCAUUCUUCGAACACAGCUAUCAGUCCGAGUCCACGCCUGCAUUGUUUUAUUGGGUCUCCUGGUGUCUUUGAUUAAUGUGAGGGAACUAACUGAGCUGAGUGAAACACAGCUCAUUGAACUGUUGGUGACUGUUACGUCCGCGGAUCAGGACAGUCCCCGGCACCUCGGCAGCUGUUACCGGGGCUAUCAGCGACUCCACCCCUGCUCACUGCCAAAACCCCUCUCCGACCCUGGGCGGCUUCUCCAGUGGUCCAGUCAUUUCUGCGGCCCUAACACCCGAGUCCCACGCCGGCAGCUCCGCGCCUGA